AUGAAUAAUUUUUGUGAAAAAGUAUGCAUAUUGGAAUGUACAAAACUGAUAGAUUGUGAUAAGAGCCAAGCUUUCCCAAAAUGUGAAGAAGACUGGCUGAGAAUUGCAAGUGAUUUUGAAAGCAAAUGGCAGUUCCCUCACUGUUUAGGAGCUAUUGAUGGGAAACACAUCAGAAUUGUACCUCCUAAAGAAAGUGGAUCGUUUUUCUUCAAUUAUAAGAAAACAAAUAGUGUUGUCUUAAUGGCUGUAGCUAAUGCAAAUUAUGAAUUUGUGUACUGUGAUGUGGGAACAAAUGGGAGAAUAUCCGAUGGAGGGGUUCUGCAGAACACUAAAUUUUACGAACUUCUUGUUAAUAAUAGUUUAAAAAUUCCUCAACCUCAACGAAUUUCAAAUUCGCAGGAAAUAGGGCUAGUGGAGUAUGUUUUUGUUGGUGAUGAUGCCUUCGCAAUUCGCAAAGAUUUAAUGAAGCCAUAUCGUCAAGAAAAAUUAUCAAAGGAAGAAAGACUCUUUAAUUACCGCCUCUCUAGAGCAUGCAGAGUUGUUAAAAAUACGUUUGGAAUAUUGGCAUCAAGGUUCCGUAUUUUCCAUACAACCAUAAACUUGAAGCUUUUGAAUAUUGACACUGUGGUAUUAACUUGCUGUGUUUUACACAACUUUUUGCGCAGAAGAAACCCGCAAUUUUACACACCAUAUGAGUCACUGGAUCGCGAAAAUAUCAACGAAUGUUCUCUUGAACUGGGCGAAAGAUGUGACGAAGAAAUUAUGCACGCCCUGCAGUGGAAGAAGUGGACAAAUUUUUGA